AUGAUUAUAUUAGAAAUAAAUAAUAGAAUAGUCGAAGAUACGUUAACAUUAAAGUUCAAAAAUGCUCUUGCUGGAGCGAAACCUGAGUCAAUAGAUGUAACCAUUGCCGAUUUUGAUGGUGUAUUAUUUCAUAUAUCGAAUGUAAAUGGCAAUAAACAAAAAGUUAGGGUUAGUAUAUCCCUGAAAUUUUAUAAACAAUUACAAGAACAUGGCGCUGAUGAAUUAUUAAAAGAAAUUUAUGGAUCGUUAUUGACAACAACGGAAGAUGGUUACAAUGUAUCUGUACUAAUUGAUUUAGAAAAUGUUCCCGAUAAUUGGGAAGAAAUAGUUAAGAAAGUUGGCUUAUUAAAACGAAAUUGUUUUGCAUCAGUAUUUCAAAAAUAUUUUGAUUUUCAAGAGCGUGGUGAAGAGGGACAUUCGAGGGCUGUUAUUAAUUAUAGGACUGAUGAGACAAUGUACGUAGAAGCAAAGGCUGAUCGGGUAACUGUUGUAUUUUCAACAAUGUUUAGAGACAAAAGUGAUGUGGUAUUAGGUACGGUAUUUAUGCAAGAAUUAAAAGAAGGACGGCGAGCAUCACAUACUGCACCACAAGUCUUAUUUAGUCACAAAGAACCUCCAUUAGAAUUACAAGACACAAAUGCUAGUGUUGGUGAUAAUAUUGGUUAUGUAACAUUUGUAUUAUUUCCAAGACAUACAAAUCGAACCACACGCGAUAAUACAAUAAAUUUAAUUCAUAUGUUUCGUGAUUACCUUCAUUAUCAUAUCAAAUGUUCGAAAGCGUACAUUCAUAGUCGUAUGCGUGCUAAAACUUCUGAUCUACUUAAGGUGCUAAAUCGUGCGCGUCCUGAACAACAGCGUACGGAUAAAAAGACUAUUACAGGUAGAACUUUUAUCAGAAAAGAAUGAUCCAGUGAUUAUUAAUUUAAUACAAAACAAAAUAACAACACAAAACGUAAAUAGGUAAGAACGAUUGUUGAAAAUGAAAUGAAAGUCAAUAUUGGAAGGGGUAACUAUUCAAACAAACACUCUUCCAAUAUUAUUGUAAAAACAAACAAAAAAUAUAUGUGCUAUUGUACAAAAAAAAAAAUUUAAUUAUUAAACUAUAACACAUUUCCUCUCGCACAGAUGUCGCGAGAGAUGCAAUCAUCGCGCGAUAUUAAUUUAUUUAAUAUGUGUGUGAUUUGAAAAGAGACAUUUGUAUAAAAACACAAAAUAUUAUUUUAAAAAAUGAUUGUGAGAGAAAUAAAAACUACACAACCAGAUAAUAUGUCAGAAGUUACAUUCUGAUGGAUUUUAAAAAUUCAAUCAAAUUCAAUUAAGCUCAAGUUAUUUAAAAAAAAUCUUUUUUAAUCAUUAUUUUUUCUCUGGGUAGAAUGGACUAAAUAGUAUUACACACGUCAUUUUUGAGGGGUUUGUUUUGUAUUUUAUGCUAACGUAUCGUGACUAGAAAAUAGAAAUAGAAGCCUACAUUAGGUCGAAGACAUAAUUGAACAUUAUCUGAGUGUUAUAAAUUACGUAUACAUGUAUAAUGUGUUUGCCAGUUUAAUUUAUUACCUCCAAAUUCGAUAAAACUCAGUGUAAAGGAUUUUUGAUGUUAUUUUUAAAUGCUACGCCAUACAAGUGUUUUGUACUAAAACAGGGAUUGCGAACCAAUGGCACGUGACACAAUAUUUUGGGAUGCCACCGAUUAUAAAGUCCACUAUGAAGUAUUAUAUUACGAACGCGCGUUCCUUUAUUAUUGCAGUUACAUCGUUGAUUCUUGUGGCACGUUGUAUUGGAAUUAUUUGUAUCAAUUAAUUGUGCUUUUGAAAUCGCCAAGAAGUUAACAGGUUUCGUAGAAACCCUUAAAUGUUUCCAUAUUUAAACAUUUCGCCAUACACAACGCGACAUUUUACUCUACUCCACUUAAAAUACAAAACAAACAAACUCUAUUAUUCGUUAAAUCGCCGACUACUUCAUUCAAACUGUUGCAAUUUAUUGUUUUUAUUUUUUUAUUUGUUUCAUAUAUUUAUUCUAUAACUACAACUGUACUUCUCUAAAAUCGUAAAUAA